CUUAUGGGAGUGGACACUUGUUCACACUGAUGAUGUAUAGCUACAUUUUCUUUUUAACUAAGGCAUGUCCCGUUUUCAGCCUAGGAAAUAUUUGUUUGAAAUAAUACUACUUUUAUGUGGAAAAAGAAUCAAACAUAUGUAUGAAAUAGGACAUGAAGAAUUUAUAAAGGUCUCAUAUUUUUGACUGGUUCCGUAUUCGGCCUGUCCUGGUCAAAAUUAUUUGAAUUUUUACACCUUAAGUACUUCUUAUUUGGUAGAAUUUCGAUUGAGUGCAUUUCUAUUACGAACAAUACCCACGGAACAAAUAAGCUGUAUUUACAUAAUUGAUAAACAUCUACUACAGUAAUUACUGUAGACACAAUAACAAAUUUCGUUCUGUUUUAGAUUAGCGUUAACGAGUUUUAACGAGUUAUAUACACCAAAUGAAAAGGCUCAUAAAAUGUUAAUUCAGUUACAGUCGAUACUGCUUAUAUAUGUGGUAGAAAUCAACUACAUUUUUUCUCAUUACCACUAAAUUUACGAAACCAAAAAUGUAUUAUAUCUGAUUUAACAACUGGAUAAGUAUAUUUGAUUCCGUCAGAGAGACAAUGACGAUCUUUGUUCCUUUUGAAAAAACUUGACAUACUAAAUCUAUUUUUGGAGGCGAUAUCAUAUAUCUCUUUUGAUCGAUACAGUGAAAAUAAACGGUUUAAUUAUAUUAGAAUAUAUCAUUCCUGUUUUGUAUAGGAAGGAUUUAUUUGUUCAAAAUGAAGGAAACAUAAUAGUACCUAAGAGCAGAGGAUUAGACAACAUUUUACAAUGGGAAUACGUAUCAGCAGUAACAGCAGAAACCAUUCCGGAAAAACAAAAGGCGUCUUGCAAGAAGAUACUGAGAACAAUACUGGUAGAGCAAGCACAGCCUUGAAGCAUGUCAUUAAUAAUCCUGGAAAAACAGACGUUGCCUACGAAGCUAUUGACAAUGAUGAUCCAUAUGAUACCACUGUUGCAAACAAGAGAAUCUCCUCUAGUAUCAAUUCAUCUAUAGAAGAAUUAUCUACUCAGCAACCAGAAGAGAAUACUGAAAGCACAAAAUAUUUGCAGCAAUAUGAAGGCAUAUACGAAGACACACAGCCUGAAGUAAAACCAUUUGAUAGAGAAUCAACAGGAACAAGCGGAUAUUCAAGUUACGACUAUAUAUCAUCUCUCAAUAGCUAUACCGGGAAAAGAUUACAUUCUGAAUUUAGAGCAUCCGUGAAGAAAGGAUUAAACGAGGACGACCAGCGGAAAAUACUUAACAAAUUUCGAUACAUUAAAGGGGAAAUUGAUGCUGAAAUUCUUAUUGAUUACUUCUUACAAGAUGAUUACUUUACUAACGAUGACUUAGAAGAUAUCAGUUCAUCGAAACCAAGACACAUACAAGUCGUCAACUUUUUACUGAAAUUGUUACGUUUGAAACCUGAAGCAUACCAGGAUUUUCUUAAAUAUCUCAAAGAAGCUGGCUAUGAACAUGUUUGUGACAUUCUUGAAGAGCCAUUUUAUAUUCUAGCUUUGAACCAUGAAAAUAUUACAACAACGGCUGCACAAGUGAGAUUAACAUCGUUUCGGGACGAGUUUAUUGAUCAGUUAGAGCCAGGCGAAGUAGCAGACAUAUUUUUAGAGUAUGAAGAAUUUUCGGUCGACGAAUAUGAAGAAAUAAUGGCAGAGAAUACUAGAAGGGCCAAGUCAAAAUGCAUACAUCGACUGUUGAUGCAACCAGAACAUACACAUAGAGGAUAUUUAGUGUUGAUGCAGGCACUCAAAGAAACUGAUAGAUUGUACCUUUUAGAUCUGUUCCAACAGGGACAUGAGACAAAUCAACUUUCUGCACCUCGGGAAAAAUGUCCAGUUAAUGUGAGGUCAAAUAAAGUGGUGAAAAAGGAAACUAAACGAACGACUAAAAUGUUAAAAGAAAGUGACCAAUGUCAGCUCCUUCUCAAAAUUCAAAGCGACGAAGAAAUAAAGCGAUUGGAAAUUGAUAAAACAAAAGAAAUGAAUUCGUGUGUGAUGAUGAUAUCACUUAACGAUGAACUUAUUCUAGAUAAAGAAUGUUUAAUUACAAAAGUUGAACAAGGAAGUAUUAUUAUAACGCUGAAAGGAUGUGGACAAUAUUCCUUACGACGAAUGUUUGCCAAAGGCGUUCAGGGUCCAUUAACAGACAUAUUGCGUCAUAUAUUUCUUCUCCCAAAUAUAAGAAAAUUAAUCCCUAAAAAAGGAUUAGAAUUUGAGUUGACAUUAAAAUGUCUUCCACCAGAGCAGCAUACAGAAAGGAAAAGUAAUUCAGACCUCGUCAUUACACACAUAUGGAAUUUCUUCUGGAGGAGUUGGAUGCUUUGAGCUUUCUUACGACGUUAAAAGAAAAGGCAACACUUACAGAUGAAGAGAUAAAGACAAUUUUGAGCACUAAACACAUGUCACGUAAGACUAGGACAAAGGCAAUGCUUGAAAAACUUCUUGAAAAAGAUACGGUUGAUGACUUCGUUGAUGUUCUAAAGAAAAAGAAAACGUAUGUUUGGGAGCAUGUCUUCCAGGCUGUAGACAAGCGUUUACGUAUUCCUACCAACGAUGUCGCAAAAUCAUACAAUGAGUUGGUGGACAAUAUGUGUCCAAAGCUUAUAUCUGAAGAAUGCUGCACAACUACAUUUAUCCUAUCGGAUUUAGAUAGUUCUUGGAGCAGAGAGAGACAAGCCAGAUACGUCUUGCAGCAAGUUCUUAAACAAGACUUCGACACAAAGCUUCACUUUGUCAGUAUCCUUUUCUUGUAUGACCAUAUUCCUCCCGAGAUUACGCCUAAGGCAACCAAACGUAUGCAAAAGUCAGUUACAGCACCCAGAAAAGCUGGCCAGAAAACUGAUCAGAGACCAAAAAUUCAACCUACUGAGGUUUUUGUUGGAGAUUUCGUUGUGUCUACAAAUGAAAGAAAAGGAAAGAAGCCCGUAAAAGCAUACUGUAACAGUCCACUCAAUCCAAUUUCAUUUACAAGGUCUAUUACACGUCGACUGGAGAAAACUACUAGAAAAGACAAAGCCGGACAAGAUACGACUUUCUGCUAGUGACGUAUCUAAAUCUCGAAUUAAUGCUAAUUUGAGGAUGAAUCAUGAACGCUUUGGAAAUGGACAGAAUUGCAAAUCUUGAAAUAUACUUUGCUUAAAAAUACAGUAUAUAGGAAGUAGAUUGGUCACCAUUAUAUUGUGUUAAUCUACCAUGCUAGAUUUAUUUCACAUUCAGUUGGGUUGUCGUCAUUUUCCUUGGAAAAUGAUGCAUAGCCGUUCGGUUUGAAUAUUUUAGAAUGCAAACUAUGUCUUUUUGGCUGAUACCAUUUAAAGUUAUUUUAUUUACAUUGCUGUGUCUUCCUAUCUCAACAUUCAGUAAUGUGUAUGACUUUUUUUUGAUAUUUCUACUUAUUAUAUACCUAUUUAAAUUCUGUCAAAAUACAGAUUGUAUUUCACAAGGAAAUAUGAAUAGUCUGAAAAAAAUCCCGUAUUGUACCUCCGUACUAUAUAUUGCCGUACUACUUUCAUUAAAUAUGCAUGAGCUGACACGGUUAUAUAAAUAGCGCACACAAAAACGUCACCCAUUUCAUUUUUACAUCAACAAAUAUUUAAGAUUUCGUUCGAUUACAAAUAGGCAAACAAAAGGUGGAGGUAUAUAAUAAAACAGUCAUUACAACUGUAGAUUGAUCUGGGAUUUUGUAUCCUGCUCUCGUGGAUUUUACAAGGACUGAUCACACUUGGCGUAUGCGCACCUCGUGAGACCCAAUCUUGCAAAAUCCACUCGAGCCGAAUACAAAAUCCCAGAUCGGGCUACUUUUAUAAUAACCUUAUUUUAUGAAAUUAUAAUUUUUGCUGCUUUGUUGUUAUGGUAUUCAUAAAUGAUAUAUCGUAAAUGGAUGUAUUUGUAUUGAUCUCGCAAAGUGAAAUGCAAUGAAUUCUAUUUCAGUCAUUAUAUUAUAAAGACUACCUGGCUGAAUCUUUCACGAUUUUAAUUUUAUCUUUAAGUUUUUUCACAUAAAGGUAUAGAUUGAUGUUGAUCUUUAUAUCUGAAACUAUCAUUGAGAAUAUAUUGUGUGAGGUCAAAUGUAUCAAACGUAUCUCUUUAUUUCAAAAGUGACGUUUUCAGAUCUUUAAUACCUUACUCAUGGAAAACCCGUACUUGUCUACCGUACUUAGAUGGUCAUGAUUUUUGCGUUUUAAAUAUAUAAUAGUACGGCCUUUUAUAAGUAAUUUAAAAUUUAUUGUCAGCUUUGGAGGACACAUUUUAAGAAUGUCAGAUUCAUGUCAGGUUCAUAACUUUACCAUUCAUGAACGGAUUUCAAAACCACUUUGCCCAAAGAUUUUCCACAACGACGUGUGGCAUGCAAAACCCAUCCCCUGUCUUAAAGGCCCAGGUCACACUUAAAAGUCAAAGAUGUUAGGUCAAUUCUUUGUAUUGUCAAUAACUUCAUUUUUCGUGCAUGGAUAUUCAAGAAACUAGGCACAAACAAUCAAUAGAAAAACUGAUUUGUCUCAUGUAAGGCCAAGACCUCUAGCUCGAGGUCAAGGUUAAAUUUAGAGAUCAAACCUGUUUGGUACUUUUUGUCUGGUAUGUAAUUUGUUUGUGCAUGGAUAUAUAUUUAAAUAAUUUGGAAUAGAUCUAACUAUUCACCGUUACAAGACAAUCGGUCAUUUGCAUUACCAAGACCCCUCUUGCGAUCCCUCUUGUAAAGGGCAAGGUCACAGACACCCUUAACUUACUUUUUUGUAUUGAAAUGAAAUUGUUAUUAAAUUAAACAAUUAGAAAAAAUGAUUGUUGUCUCAAGAGACUGACUUUGUAAAUACAAUACUUUUUUUAUGUAACAAAGGUAUCAAGCUUUUUAAGUUCCUUUCGUGUAUUAAUGUACAAAAUUUGAAUGGAGUUUGCCAAACUAUUGUUUAUUGUUAAGUUUAUGUUUGUUUAUUUUUUUGUUUGUUGUUUUUUUUGUUGUUGUUGUUUUGGUUAUGUGCUAGUUUUACGACCCUGUGCUCAUUAUUCAUGCGUAUCUGCAUUUAUGUUUGUUUUGUUUAAUAAAAGUCAUAUCAGCAAUUGUAUCGCCAUUACAUUUUUUAGAUAAACUAGUUUUAUUACAGCUUUUUACCUAUUCCGGUGUGUUUUAACCCAGCAACGAUGACCACCUAUGGACAAGGA